GGCGGGCCCGCGCUGGCGGCGGCGCUGGCGCGGCUCCGCUCGGACCGGGGCUGCCGCCGGAAGAGAAGACCUGGGGAAGAAAGCCCUGCCAGGACGUGUCACAUGCCAGGAACUAUGGAAUAUCCCAUCCCCGUGCCUGCUGAGGACUGGGGCAGGAGCACUGAGGAUUCAGCUGCAUAGCUCUGUCCCAGCUGUACCAGGCUCGUUCUGCUGGGAGGGCUGCAGAUGAAGGUGUGAAGAAGACCUUGCACUGUCUGCAAGGCCCUGGUGUGUAAGUGCUUUUUGCACCCAGGCUGGUGCAAACAGCCACGUGCUGCAUCUCCACUUCGAAAGGCUGGGAUGUGAACUUGCUCCAGUUCAGCUUCUGCUUUGGUGCAGCUUCCAUUUGGAAAUCUCCAGGGUCUGCCCUGUGACUCUGAGACCUCAGCUGGAUGCUUUUCUGCUCCUUCUCAUCUCACCUCAAUACCUCAAGACAUCACUUUCAAAAUCAUUUGUCAUUUGAGCUCUGCUGUGUGACAGAUGCAGGGCCUUUAAUCCAGGAUGAACGAAUGCUACUAUGACAAGCGCAUGGACUUUUUCUACAACAGGACAAAGGCGGACACGGCGGAUGAGUGGACAGGGCCGCAGCUCAUCGGUGUUCUGUGCUUUGGCACCUUCUUCUGCCUCUUCAUUUUUAUCUCCAAUUCCUUGGUCAUAGCAGCUGUGGUGAAGAACAAGAGGUUUCACUUUCCCUUUUACUAUCUUCUGGCCAACCUAGCAGCUGCAGACUUUUUUGCUGGAAUCGCCUACGUGUUCUUGAUGUUCAACACGGGCCCGGUGUCGAAGACGCUGACGGUGAACCGCUGGUUCCUGCGCCAGGGUCUGCUGGACACCAGCCUGACGGCGUCCCUGGUGAACCUGCUGGUCAUCGCCGUGGAGCGCCACAUGUCCAUCAUGCGCAUGAAGAUCCACAGCAACCUCACCAAGAAGAGAGUCACCUUCCUCAUCAUAUCCAUCUGGGCCAUUGCCAUUUUCAUGGGCGCCGUUCCGACCCUGGGCUGGAACUGCCUCUGUGACAUUACUGUCUGCUCGUCCCUGGCACCCAUUUACAGCAGAAGCUACCUGGUGUUCUGGAGUGUCUUAAACCUGGUUGUCUUCUUCAUUAUGGUGGUGGUUUACAUAAGAAUCUACAUGUAUGUCCAGAGGAAAACCAACGUCUUGUCCUCACACACCAGCGGGUCCAUCAGCCGGAGGAGAACCCCAGUGAAGCUGAUGAAGACUGUCAUGACUGUCUUAGGUGCCUUUGUUGUCUGCUGGACCCCUGGCCUGGUCGUCUUGUUGCUUGAUGGGCUGAACUGUACUGACUGUGGGAUUCAGCAUGUUAAAAGGUGGUUUCUUCUCCUGGCCCUGUUGAACUCCGUCAUGAAUCCAAUUAUUUAUUCAUACAAAGAUGAUGAGAUGUGGGCUACCAUGAAAAGGAUGAUUUGCUGCUCCUCUGAGGACAGGAGCCAGGACAGACGCUCAUCCCGGAUCCCCUCGACAGUUCUCUGCAGGAGCACGGAUAUCUCGGGCCACUACAUUGAAGAUGGCAUUAUUCAAGGGACAAUUUGUGGAAAAGGAGAUCUUGGUGACAAAGGAAACUCCUGAGCUAUGCAAGGGACUGACUUGGCUGGAAAAGGAGAGGGGGAAGGGAGAGGUUUUGUAAGAGGAGAUCGACUGGCAAAGCUAGUAAACAAUAUAUCCACUUUGUUCCAGAGCCUCAACUCCAGUGUUAACAAAAGUUCUUAUAAAUAAUUGCCUGAUGGAAAAACACUUUGUAAUGAAGAAAACUUUCUGUACUGCCAUCCUUUUUGUCUUUCAAGUACAUGAAAUUGUUUUUUCAUGUGAAUGGAAUAAAUACCUCUCAGAGACUUCUUGUGCAUGGAAACAAAGUGUAAGCAAUGUAAGGAGACCUUCCUUAAGCUCCUACAGAGAGAAGAAAUUUGCCUGACUGUGCAGGUUUGGCAUUCAUUGAGUAUUUGUGCUUUGAGUAGUUUCUGUGCAUCUUGAGGAGGAUUGCCGGCUUGGUUGGACAGAAUUGUGACCUGUUUUCUUGGUUUGUGAAUUUCAUGAAAAUGUUCAUGCUUACCUCUUCUCUUCCUCCUCCUUAUCUUGCUUUCAAAAUAGGUAGUUUGAUAGUUUAUUAAAGCUAUGCCAGAAACCUGGCUGUGAUGGGAGAGCCAGAGCAGGCGUCAGUGGGUGUGAGUGUCUGACCAUGGGCUGCCAGGACCUGAGAGUACAGAAAGCACAAAAGCCAUUAUUCCUUCACAGAGGGGUGAGUGCUGCAGGCAAAGACAGUGCACUCUGCUGCUGUUGUGCAGGCAGGCAUGGAGGGUGGAUUGACAGAAACGCAGCGAGGCUGUGCUCAUUGUGCUCAUUUUUUACUUCCCUAGACAACAUCAAAUGGGUGUGCUUGCUCCUCUUUACCUGCUGUGCCACUGAGAGAAAUGAGAUCCAAAGCUCUGGUUUACAAGGGAACUUUGAAGGGAAGUUUAAAUACAAUCAAGCUAUUUAAAAUAGAAAUUAAUUUACAGGCAAAAAAAAGCCUGAAAUCAAUUUAAGCCCCUACCAUAGUACAGUAUGCAUUUAUUGUCGGGCCUUGUCUGGACCACAUUUAACCUCUGGUUUGCAAACAGAUCUUACUGGAACAGGUACUUGAGGAAGGGGCCACGAAGCAGUGAGCCAUGGAGGGCUUUCAGCAUUGUAACUGACCAAAUCUAGUGCUGAUGCAGCCACAGCCCAAACAGCUGGAGUUUGGCUCAUGGACUAUGCUGUAACAGAGGAUCCAGCAAUACAGAGCUCUAUGAUAAACUUCUAUUUAAACUGGAUUGUAAUUUCUCAGCACUCUGAAAGGCUGGUUCAUGCUGCCUGGUUUCAACAGCAGUAAACUUCCUGUUGCCAUUUUAACUUCAAGAGGAGUUUCCUGUGUUGUCUCCUAGGGAAAGUCUGAUCCCUAGUAUCAAAGCAGGUUACCACAACCAGAGGUCACUUUGAAAAGUUUUGGAAGUUUUGGCCACUUGGAAUUAUCAGAGAACAACACGAAGAGCCAACACCAAGGACAUACUUUAUGAAGCUGGAAGAUAAAGUUCAGCUGUGGUUGGGACAAAUCCUUCCUUUGGUGCCAUUUGCAUAUGGAUAUCUGGACUGUAUUGGUCAAAACAGAGCCAGCCCUUGGCUCAAAGGCUGAGCAGGAGAUUUGCAGAAUGCACUGGGGGACCUCACAGCAACCCUGAGCAUAUCCUGCAAGCACAGUAAGGCCCUGUUCAGAGAGCUCUCCCAUAGCAUGCUCAUCCCAUCCCAUCUGGUAGGGAUGUGCCCAGUAUUCAAGGUAGAUGCUGUAUUUGAGCAACGCUAAAAAUGUUUACACAUUUUUUGCUAUUAUAAUGCAAUUUUUUGUGCAAAUACUACUUCACUGCUCUGGUGUUCUGAAAAGCAUGUAAAGUGGUGCUUUUAGAGGCGGUGGUGUGGUGGGCUGAGCCUGGCUGGAGACCAGGUGCCUACCAAAGCUGCUCCAUCACUCCUCUCCUCAGCUGGACAGGGGAGAGAAAAUAAAACAAAAGGCUCAAGAUAAGGACAGGGAGAGAUUGAUCAUCAAUUAUAGACUUGACUUGGAGAAAAAUUAAGUUAUUACCAAUCACAUGAGGGUAGGAUAAUGGGAAAUAAACCCAGAUCUUAAUACUUUCCUCCCAUCCUCUGUUUUUCUUGGGCUUAGCUUUACUCCUGAUUUUCUCUAUCUCCAUUUCACAGUGGUGCAGGGGGACAGGGAAUGGGUUGGUUCAUCAGUUGUUGCCACUCCUUCCUCCUCAUGGUGAGGUUUCCUCAAACUCUUCCCCUCUCCUUUAUGGGGUCCCUCCCACAGCAGACAGUUCUCCUCAAAUUUCUCCAAGAGGAUGGGUCCCCCCUGGAGUCACUAGCCAGAAAACCUGCUCCAGCAUGGCCUUUCCACAUGCUCACAGCCUCCUUUGGGCAUUCCCUUCUCCUGCAUGAGAUCCUCCACAGGCUGCAGGUAGAGCUUUGCUCACCAUGGGCCUCCAUGGGCUGCAGGAGAAGCUCAGCUCUUGUGCCUGGGGCCCCUCCUGCCCACCUUGGUGUUGGCACAGUUGUUUCUCUCACAAAUUCUCACUCUCCACUUCAGCUGCAGUUGCACAGGUUUUUUCCAUCCAUCUUAUUAAGUUAUCCCAGAUCUGCUGCCACUGUUGCUGAUGGACUCAGCUUUGGACAGGGGUGGGUCUGUCUUGGAGCCAGCUGGCAUUGGCUCUGGCAGACACAGGGAAUUUCUGGUGUCCUCUCACCAAAGCCACCCCUGUUUCCCUCCCCAUGCCUCUAGGGAAACCUUGCCCUGCAAAGCCAGCCCAGGUGGCCUUGCCAAGGCACCCCUGUCCCUACACCUCUACAGCUACUGCAGUGCACGGUUGGUCUGAGCUAGGCUGAGGCUCUGUAUGCAAACCUAAUAGAAAAUAAAAUGGUACUUCAAAAUGCAAGUCUUGUUUUGCCUCCUGUUUGAAUG